AUGACAAUCAGCCCAUCUCAUCAAAAAAAUAUCAUCCAAGCCUACAAGAGUGGACUUUAUCUUAAAGGAAAUACAAGUCUGGGCAGAUGGGACUUUGCCGGCUCCUUCUUUUUCUCUGUUUCUGCAGUAACAACUAUCGGCUAUGGCAACUUGAGCCCCAGUACGGUAGUUUCACAAGUGUUCUGCAUCUUCUUUGCCCUCUUCGGGAUUCCCUUAAACCUCAUUCUUCUGAACAGGAUAGGACAACUGAUGCUCUCUGGGGUGCAUCUAUGUGCCUUGCAUCUGGGUGAGAAGUUCCACUGUCAGGUAAGUGAGAGGGGAGCAGCUAUCUUGACACGGACCUGCGCCCUGGUUACUGGCCUUUUAUUAUUUCUUUUAUUACCGCCUCUAUUGUUCACUGCCAUAGAAGGCUGGACUUAUGAAGAAGGGUUCUACUAUUCCUUCAUAACUUUAAGUACAAUAGGCUUUGGAGAUUAUGUCAUUGGCAUGAACCCCGAGCGUACUUAUCCAGCCUGGUAUAAGAACGUGGUGUCUCUGUGGAUUCUCUUUGGGUUGGCCUGGCUAGCCCUGAUCAUCAAUCUCUGCAUCAGCUUGGUAGAAAAUUCUAGGACCCUUUGCCAGUGCUGCAAGAGGAAGAGUCACAACAUAGAAAGGGAGUUAAUGAAUGGCAACCAAAAUAUUAAUUUGGAGCCAGAAGAUGGGCAGAAAUGUGAUGUGAAAGACAUAAAACCUGUGGGGAUGGACUGAAUCUGGAAUAUUCAUUCUUCUACUGAAGAAGGGGAGCAUCUGACAGACACUGGUAGAUGAUUUGCUUUGUCACUAGCAGAAAUGUUGCUACCUGGGGGGUCAUCUAAAUGGAGCUGACUUGACACGUAACAAUGGAAAUCCACAUAUAUGUCCUUGAAAUGGUCUGGAACUGCUUUUUCAUGUGAUACCUUUUCGGUAUGGGAAUAAAUUGCUUUAUCAGAGGAGUGAAAUAAUACUUGCUGCAGGAUAAACUCUGUUGUGAGCAUCCAAAUUGGGAAUCUGUGACCAUCACAAUCCCCACUGAUGUACUUAUAGUUGCUAUAUGCAUACAACAGUCUUCCACGCCUAGGGACCUCCAUGCUUGCUGGGACUUAAUAAAGACCAAUACUUGUGAAAGGCAUCAGCUUAUAGAAGAUGGAUUACAAGAUUCCAUCCAUUACCAUCCCAGUCCCUCAAAAGUCAAGGUUAUUUGUGCACAGGCUAGAAAUCAGUACUAGCAAAAUAAAGAAAGUGUGCAGAACAUAGCUGCUGGAAUUCUUCCAGUUCUCUUUAUUAACAGUGGCCAUAGGACACGUCUACAUUUUCUUCUGUGUAACAAAAUUAACACAUUGCAUUUGUAUGCAUCUAUAUGUGUAUGUUCUGGAAAGCACAGGCUUCUGGGUGAUGACACCCAGCUUAGAAUGGAGGAAUCAUCAGCAUCCUGAGCGUUUGCCCAAGAGUUUUCCCACAGGCCUGAACUGGGGUUUUUUUUUCCAGGAUCUUUUUUUUUCCUCAGCCUGACUUGGUCCAUUUUCAGCCCCGAAUUUCUUUUGCUAGGUUCUCCUGCCACCCCAAAUCUGGUCCCUUCUGUUCAGUUUUUGGAGAGUUAUCUGCUGAUUGACACAAAGACAGGCUGACUGAGUGCUAUUACAUAAUAUCUUUCUGACAUUCCAUUGGGUUGAAAAGGAAAGAAAGGCUGCCUAUAUUGUGGCAUGUUAAUUAUGGAGGGUGGGGUGGGAUUAAUCAUAUAAUUGCACACUUAUAUUAGAUUCUAAGUUUGUUCAGAUGCCACUCUUCUCUUUAGUAUUUUUUGCUUAUACUUUUCCAAAGAAUCCCUAUGAGGGGUCCUACUAUAUAUAUAUAAUACAAAGCAUUUUUAAAAAAUGAUGGUGAUGAUGAAUAAGAGAACAUUGUUAUUUAUUAUAUAUACUGUCCAUCUUUCCUUUAAAACUGUGCUCAAGAUAAAAACAGUAAAACCAUUGAGGCCAUGUGCUUCCUCCAGCUAGAGAUAUAAAAUAACUCCUUUCACGGGGGGGGGGGGGGGGCGCCCAGCUGGGGCCCCUUCCUUGUAGCCCUGAUAAAGGGAAUAAAUAGGGAAAUGUUCCAUGAAUGUGCCAUCUGGAACAUCCCCCAAUCUGUGCCAUCUAGGCCAUCUUCUUCAAUUUGGCAUUCUUCAGUACUGAUUCCAGAUGGGAAUUCUGAAAGUUGCAGUCCUAAUAUACUUGAAGGAUACUAGAUGUGGAGGACAGGUCUCUCAUCUUACAUUUUAUCCUAUUAUAACUUGACUCUUGACAAUUUCUGCUGUGCCAGUCUUUGUAGUGGGAUAACGUAGCCACAGCAGAAGAUUGUAACUUUGAUUAAAAAAAAGCAACAUCAUCACCCACAGAAAUGUUAUCUGCCAAAAAUAUGGAAGGUCAUUCGUUCAAGGGUGACUAAAGACACACACACACCCUGGCACACUGCUGCUCAAAUUGUCACAGCUGACCUGAAUUCUUUCAUAAUCUGCGCUGGAAAAUUACUGGAGAUACUUGGAGAGUUGUUAAAAGAUUUCCUCUGCAAUUGUCUCUCUCUGUUUUUUCUAUCUGUAUGUUUAAUAAUGUUCUUAUUGAAAGUUCAGGAUCACAUAAUAAAUUUAUACCCUACAAAAUAUGUGUUACGUUCAAAAUAAAAAUA